AUGUGUAACUAUACAUCUACAGUGGACCAGGCUUACACAAUCACAUGGACAUUCCGUCCUCUGGACAUGGACGCCGUAUCCACGGUGAUGACCUCCACACACCACGGCCACCAGAAGUUCUCCUCCUUGACCCCUGAACCAGAGAAGUACCACGACCUGCAAGGACCCAACCUCCGGGUCUUCGACCUGUCCUUGUCAGACGCCGGAUUGUAUGCCUGUAGCAGCAAUUUGACGCGACCCACGCUGGGUGCCAAUCUUAUGGUUAUGGGCAAGUCCUUUUCUGUAUUUUUAUCCUUCAAUGUAGCAUAG